AACUUUCCUCAGACAUACUCUACGAAACGCAAUUAACGACGGCGUUCACUGAUAUCAGUAGGAGGAUAAAAGUUUUGUACCGCGGCUCGUGCAUAUUGUUUGUUACGCGCGCACUGUUUCCCCGUAAACAGUUUGUGAAUAUUACAGAAGAGCGAGUAGAUUCAACACCCCCUGCUUCUCCCUGGGGCGUCUCCUUUCAUAUUCGUUACCUGGUUACAGCCUAGCGAUGGCGUAGAGCGAUGUAAUGUUGAGCCGAGGACUUCCCGUGCCAUACGGUUUGCGGUGGCACAUUGCAAACGAGUUGUAUAGACGCAAUGUAAGUCGGGCUCUAAGUCCAAAUGACUGACGAACAUCUGCCCAGCUGAGUGAGCGAGUAGCAAUUGAUUUAGGUUUUGUUAAAAGCUGUAAAGAUUUUAGCUGUCAAGUAAAGAAUUACAUGGCGCUCGCAUUCCGAACGUAGUCUAGUUUUUCAUAAUUCUUUGGAUAUCCACAACGCACAUUUCCAGGAUCUGCGUUGCAAAAACAGUUUCAGGUAAGAUGAAACUAAGACUGUUAGAAGAUGCUGAGGCGAGAUGAGAGACAGAACAGAAUGCUAAGGAGAGACGACUGAAACUACUGAAGUGGGAACCAGAGAGGCAGAAAAUAAGGACUAAUGCAGUAGCCCAAGGGUGGACAGACUAGUGAUCAUUGUGGGCUUGUAAGCAAGGCACCAUGGAUUUUACCAGCACAUACCCUUUAGUAGACCAGUUCAACGACAGCGCCAAUGACUCGUGCAACUUCACUAACAGCAACAAUACGAUGCUGGAUAACCCGCAUGGCGCCAUAUCCAGUGUGCUCAUCCCGCUCAUCUACUUUGUGGUGUGCGUCAUCGGCCUGGGCGGCAACACGCUGGUCAUCCACAUCGUGCUGCACUACUCCAAGACCGAGUCGGUCACCAACAUCUACAUCCUGAACCUGGCCAUCGCCGACGAGCUCUUCAUGCUGGGCCUGCCCUUCUUGGCCGUCCAGGGCGCGCUGCACUCGUGGCCGUUCGGCUCGCUCAUGUGCCGCCUGGUGAUGACGGUGGACGGCAUCAACCAGUUCACCAGCAUCUUCUGCCUCACAGUGAUGAGCAUCGACCGCUACCUGGCCGUGGUGCAUCCCAUCCGCUCGUCCAAGUGGCGCCGGCCACAGGUGGCCAAGGUGGUCAACGCCACCGUGUGGCUGCUCUCCUUUACCGUGGUGCUGCCGGUGGUGGUGUUCGCCGGCGUGCACAGAGGCCACUGCAACAUCAUCUGGCCGGAGCCGGAGAGCGUGUGGCGCGCCGCCUUCAUCAUCUUCACCUCCAUCAUGGGCUUCUUCCUGCCGCUGCUGAUCAUCAUCCUGUGCUACCUGCUCAUUGUCAUCAAGAUCCGCAGCUCGGGCAAGAAGGUGCACGCCACGUCCACCAAGCGGCGCAAGUCCGAGCGCAAGGUGACGCGCAUGGUGAUCAUCGUGGUGGCUGUCUUCGUGCUCUGCUGGCUGCCCUUCUACGCGCUCAACAUCCUCAACCUGAUCAUACGUCUGCCUAACGUGCCCAAGGGCCUCUUCUACUUCGUGGUGGUGCUGCCCUAUACCAACAGCUGCGCCAACCCCAUCAUCUAUGGCUUCAUGUCGGACAACUUCAAGCGGGGCUUCCGCAAGGCGCUGUGCCGCUCGUCACGCCGCGUGGACAACCACGACCUGGCAGACGGCAGCGGGCAGCGUGGCGGCAGCCGGCAGCGGCCGGAGGAGCCCGGGGAGCCGCAGGACGAAGAGCUGCAGCAGCUGCAGCAGCAGAGGCGCCACGUGCUCAUGCCCCGCGAGAGCCUGCGCAGAGUCGUGCGGCGCGGCGGCGACGAGGAGGAGGACGACGACGAUGACGAAGAUCAGGAGGAGGUGACGGAGAUGACGGAGAUCUGCAAGAUCGCGCAGAACGGGAACGGGAACAUCAGCCGGCAACAGGCCGAGACCUCGUGCGCACUGCUCUCCGACAAGGUGGCAGCCUCAGAGGCGCAAGAGCUUAUCUCCCCUAACGGGAGGGGGGCGGCGGCAGGGGAUUGCCUAGGGAAAGCCCCAGGUUUUGGGCCCCCAGGAACUGUGCCGGCCUUACUUAAUGGAGCUAAAAACGGAAGUGUCAAGCCGUUGCCAGAGGAACCAGUGGAGAAGAACCCUCUGCUGGAGAUCAGCUAUUUGUAGUGUGAAAAUUUGUUACUGCAUCUUACUUGAAAUAGAUUUACAGUAUUAUUGAUUUCACUCCUCAGCAGACUUGCUCAUGGUUUUGAACUUCUUUUUUUUUUCAGUGAUAGCGGAACAAAACUUAUCUUAUUUAAAGGUCUGUGUUAAUGUCAAGAUAUUUGUUAUGUGGCAGACUGAUCUCUCUUGGAGGCAAUUUCUCAAUGCCUGACCUUUGAGUAUAUAGCAUACAUCCAACUGUGACCAUUUGUGACUUUACAAGAAAAAUGAACAGAUGAGUACAUACACAUCAUGAAUGCACAGAGAGGACAAAACUCAACCAUUAUGUGCAUAGUAUCUGCAUGUGCCUUUAUCUAGAUUUGGCAUGGGGAUAUUUAGCUUAUCUCUAGCUGUCAGUCUCCCAUAAUUGAGCAUUGCAGUGUUCUCAGGUACAUCGAUUUAAGACCCCGGGGGUUUAGUUGGUUUUUGAGAUCCCAGUGUGAGUCCAAAGCUAAGUGCUCAUAAUCACUCUUACUACCCAUAUUAGCAUUUCCUCAACAAAAGAUGAGCAACCAACCAAGCACGGAAAUGAUCAAUACGAACCAUUUUCUUAACAAAAGACUAGCCACCUAAACACACAUUUCAAAGGCGGCUCUACCAAAUGCCGCAGAGAUGGUAUGAAAUUUCUCCGACACAAAUAAAUUUGUCAUUGUCACAAAUUUGCCGUCUCCCAGCAGUCGUGCCCAAAGCGUUGAGUGCGAGCUCCGCAAUCCUCCGCAUUGCCUUUAAUCAGCCUAAAUGAGGUGCAGCUGCACCUUGUUGACGCACGGCAAGUGUUUACCAGUCGCCACCACUUAAUGGCUGAUAUUUUGGUACCCAGACAGGUUUUUAUGGUGGUCGAGAACAGAGCAGGGCAUGAGGGGAGGGUGGUGGUUUGCACCUGUGUCACACACCACUAUCAGGCAGCAGAGGCAGCAGCAUUUAUUGCUGGGUGGCUCACGGAGGACUUGCACACUAGUGAAUAACAUCUAUCAGCACUUUAUUAGCCACGUUUAAAACAGCAUCACUUUGCCUGCCUGGCGAGGACAGGAUUUCCACGUAGCUUCUGGGUUGAAAAGCCCAGAUCCAUUUUAACUGAUGUUUCUGGGCGGAUGAAGGCGGACAGGCAUUUAUCCUGUGAAGUUUUUACAUGGUUCAUAGAUUCUUUUUGUGUGGGAGGUCAUUUGGAAUCUAGUGUACAUAUUUUGAAAAUGUGAAGAGAUUUUAAGCUUAUUUUGGGAUCUAAUGUUGUGGACUUUUACCAUGGAUUAUAAAAACAGCUCAUCAGUGGAAAUAGAUUGAGUGUAAGACAUAAUUUCAAUAACAAUACGUUUGUGGUUUAAUUGUCAUCAUGAGUCAUCCACUGGAUUUCCUGUAGAGCCAGAAUAAACUGCAGGCAGAAUAGUUUAAGUGCUUUUAUGUAGCUUUUUGAAGUGUCAUGCACCUACCUGCCUAUUUCCUGUACAUAUAUGUAUUAUUAUAAUAUGUAGAAAUGUUCCCAUAAAUAUGUCCUUCAGCAGAGAAACUCAUAAGUCAGUCAGUGUAGGCAGUACGGUAAAUUGCUUAGCAAGAAAUCAAAAAGUCCUACUGGGAGAACACCAGUCUCUGAGGAAGAUAUGUAUAUGUAAAUGCCUCAUUGGUCAGCAAAUACACACACACACAAAUACACACACAAAUACACAAACACAGUCUCAGAGUUGUAAUAUCUUGUUCCUGUUAUUGGCACAGUUUGGAGCUAAAUAUGUCAGCGUAAAGUGUAUUUUAUGAGUCCCAUAAAUAAAACACUAAAUCAUUUAAUCGGUGGCAAGGGAGAGUAGGGAGAGUCCCCCUCCAGGAUUCAUAUCCCUCUAUCCAUUUCCACCCACACACUCUCUCUUUCUCCUCUCUCUCUCACACAAACACACACUUAUCUUAUCUCUCUCUCCCCUCAUAUGCAGUAUACCUACAUGGAUCUACACACUCAUUGAUGUUCUUAGAAAAACAGAGAAGUAAUUAAAAGAUGAUUAAACGAUUAGACAUUGGAGUAGAGUGCUCAUAAGAUGCUCGCACCUCCAGAGAUUUCACAUGUAAUCAAGAGUGAGAGACAGGAGCACGAGAAGUAUUUCUGCAUUUCUGAAGUGUUAUACUGCUGUUGUCACUUUGUUAGUUGUUAUGAGCAGCGAAAUGUUAACUGUGAUGUUUUUGCUAUUUGUUCUUUGGGUUUUCUGACCAUGCCUCCUUGUUUUAGGGUUGCCAUUGUAUUUACCAGGGGCUGCCCACUGCAGAAGAUUUACAAUCACAGAUCAUGGGGUUAA